AUGCUACAACCUCCUGCUGAUGAGAGCGGAGAGAGGGACGGAGAGAGAGACGGAGAGAGGGAGGACGGUGAGAGUGACCCAGAGGAGCGCGUGCCCAGCAGUCCUGAGGAGCUGGAGUGCAAGAUCUGCUACCAGCGCUACUCCUGCCACGGGCGCCGCCCCAAGCUGCUGGGCUGCCUGCACCGCGUGUGUGCCCGCUGCCUGCGCCGCAUGCUGGCCCUGGGCACCUCCUCGCCCUCGUCCUCCUCCUCGCCCUCGCCCUCGCCCGCCGGACUCGGACUCGGCCUCGGCCUGAGCGUCAGCUGCCCCUUCUGCCGCCACGCCACGCCGCUGGGGCAGCUCUCGGUGGACGCGCUCCCGGACGACGCCAACCUGAUGGGCCGUCUGGAGCGUCUGGAGCGGCGGCACACGCACACGUCGUGCGGCUCGGAGGGAGGUGCGCGCGAGGUCCUGCUCACGCCCGCCGGCCUGGCCUCCUCCUCCUCCUCGCUGGGCAGCCCUGACCGCACGCACGAGGGCGACUCCUCCUGCUUCGUCAUCACCAUCCUGGAGGUGCAGCGCCACCACAGCCUCCCCGGGCGCCACGGCAACGCCAACGCCGACGCCAACGCCAACGCCAACGACGACGGGCUGUCCACGCGCUCGGGCUCCUCGUCCAGCCUGGACUCGGCGUCGCUGGGCUCGGCGGCGGGCGGCGGGGGGGCGGAGCGUGAGCCGGACGAGGGCGUGUCCAGGCUGUGUGUACAGGUGCGGCGCGUGCUGGUCUGGCUGCUGGGCUGCUUCUACUUCGGCUCGCUGCCGCUGGGCAUCUACCUGCUGGUGCUCCAGCGCGUCACCCUCGGCGUCGUCUGCGUCUCCCUCGUGCCCACCAGCCUCACCGUGUGCCUGGUCUACGGCUUCUGCCAGUGUCUGUGCCAGGGCCUCUGCGACUGCGUGCCCAGGACCUAACUCCACUGUCUCAACUGUGUGUGUGUGUGUGUGUGUGCGUGUGU